AUGUACUCCGGCGACGCGUCGACCAGCGAGGAUCCGCGGGCGUGCCGGGGGCCGUUGAGGCGCCGGCUGCGGAGCCGCGUGACCGCCGUCCGGGCGCCGCCGCUCGCCGACGUGCUGCGGGAGCGCGCGCUGGUGCACCUCCCGCCGGCGGCCGCCGCGCGCCUCCGCCUCGUGCACCCGUCCUGGGAGCGCCGGCUCGCGUCCCCGCUCUUCGCCGUGGCGCACGCGGCCGCCCCGCGAAGGAUGUCGGGGAUCUUCGUCCCCAAGGCCGGGUUCCUCCCGUUCGACGGGCCCGACGACGCCGUGCCGUCCCCGACGCUCGCCUUCGCCCCGGCCUCGGAGGGGGUCACCGUGCUGUCGUCGUCGCGCGGGGUCGCGUGCUGCUACUCGCCGGCUGACGACGCGUUCUUCGUGUGCAACCCGGCCACCGCGUCCUGGGCGCCCGUCCCGUGCCCGCCGUGCCGGACCUGGCCGCGCCCCGCGGUCGUCGUCCUCUUCGACGCCACGCCGUACAACUUCCGCGGCGACUACGCGCUCGUCUGCGCCGCCGAGUGCGCGCCGGGCUCCGGCGCCUACUGCUUCCUGGUGUUCACGUCCGGGACGGGCGCGUGGCGGGCCACCGACGCGGUCGUGCCCGCCGAAGGGCUCGUCGCCGCGUCGGGCGUGGCGGCCGGUGGGACGGCGUGGUGGCGGACGAGCGUCGGCACGGCCGUCGGGUACAGCCCGCUGACGGGGCGCGUCGAGAUGGUACUCUGCCCCGGCGACAGCGGCAUGUGGGAGAUCGGUUCGGCCGGGGGCAAGCUCCACUGCGCCGUGCGUGAUCAUGACAACAGCGUCGCCGUGUUCCGGCUUGACGAGGACGGGAGCUGGGAGGAGGCCGCCGCGAGGGUGCCCGUCCGGGAGCUGCUGCCACGCCGGCUGACAAAGCCCGCGGGGCACGAGACCGGCGAGGCGAGCGGACAGGAGCUGGUCGCUCAGUCUUCCUUCAUCGUGGAGAAGGAGGUGGUGCGGCUGGACGACGGCGUGCGGCUCCUGGGGUUCCAGGGCGCGGAGCUGGAGGUGGUGGCGCUGGCCGGCAGGCGGCUGGUGGCGUUGGACGUGCGGACGCGGGGGCGGCGCGAGGUCAGGGUGCCGGUGGCUCAAGAGGAAGACGAGGAAGAGGAAAAGGAGGAGAAACGGUGGGACGGCGCGGAGUACGCCGCGCACACCAACACGCUGGCGCUGGUCGCGCCCGCCGUGCUCGCGUGCGAGCCGAUGCUCGUGGAGGAGCGACCGGACGCCGGAGAGGUCGCAUUUUCUUGA